UGGGGUAAAUCACGACGGGGCACGGCGGCAGAAAUCUUUGCAUCCGCGCGAACGCGCCUCACGGCUCCCUCCUUCGAAGUCGUGCUCCGCUCAAAACGGUUUGGUCAAACGUUCUCCGGCUGGCACGCGUUCUCGAGCCGGGGGUGGCGGGGAAGGAUUCAUCUCCCGAAUUUCCCGAGAGGAUCACGGAAUUGUGUGAGCUGAAACAGCAAAUAACGAUAUCGCAGAAGGAGAGCACGAUCAUUCAGUUUGCGGCGCAUCGACGAUGCGGAGGUAAGGACGACGCAGGGAUAUCGAGAGGAGGAUACCGAGGAUCUUUCCACUGGUUGUGGGAGAGACGCACGCUGGACCGCGAUAUUUGCCGUUCUAGUCGAAAAGCAGAGCGUGCGUCGCGCUGGCACGCCAGCCGGUUGGCGUAGCUUCCCCUCGGCUCUCCGUCAGUCGGCCGAUUGGUAGGAUGAGAUGAGUUCCUGAAGUCCCGCUCUCGUCCCGCAAACGAAUAAUGCCUUCGAGGGGAACGACCGGCCGUCCCAAGGUAGACAGAUCCACCAGCCCUCUGUCACGUAAACCACAGACGGUCCCUGUGAAUCCGGUGCAGGAGCUGAAGGCUCUCCUCGCCGAGCCGACGGCGAAGACCGCCACCGCCACAGCCACCGCCGUCGCCGCCGUAGCUGUCGCCGCCACCACCACCACCACCAUCUCCAAUGGGGGCGAGAAGGAGUCGGACUUCCGAUUCGAAGCCAUACAGUGCCUACGAUCGUCCGUCAUGAAGAGGCCCAGAAAACAGCUGCCGGAACGAGGAAAUUGGAGCAGCAAGAUCGAGUUUAUCCUGUCCGUCGUGGGACUGGCCAUAGGCCUGGGAAACCUAUGGCGGUUUCCUUACCUCUGCUACAAGAACGGCGGCGGCGCUUUCAUGGUGCCUUACUUCAUCGCUCUCGGCCUGGCGGGUAUACCCAUGUUCCUGAUGGAGCUGUCCCUGGGACAGAUGAUGACGAUUGGCGGCCUUGGUGUCUUCCAGAUAGCGCCGCUCUUCAAAGGCAUCGGAUACGCCACCUGCGUGCUCUCUUGCUGGACCAACGUGUACUAUAUCAUCAUCCUCGCUUGGGCUCUCUUCUACUUCCUCGUUUCCUUGCGAGCCGACGUACCUUGGCGAGGCUGCGACAACUCGUGGAACACGCGCUACUGCAUCACAGCGGAGGAACUUCUAAGCGCGGUGUGCUGGCCGGACGAGUUCACAGGCGACACCGUGUGUGCCACGUCCAUCGGGAACUUGAGCACCACGUUGCUGAAAGACCCGGUCAAGGAGUUUUGGGAGAGGCGAACCCUGCAGAUCUCCGCGGGCGUUGAAGUGGUGGGUACCAUAAGGUGGGAAUUGGCCGGGACACUGGCGGCCGUGUGGAUCAUGUGUUACUUCUGCAUCUGGAAAGGCGUCAAGUGGACUGGCAAGGUCGUCUACUUCACAUCGCUCUUCCCGUAUGCGCUGCUGGCGGUGUUACUGGUGCGGGGCCUGACACUUCCCGGCGCCUCGGAAGGCUUGAAGUAUUACGCUACGCCGAAUCUCUCGAAACUCGGCGAUCCUGAGGUGUGGAUAGACGCGGUGACGCAGAUAUUCUUUACUUACGCUCUCGGUCUAGGCGCGCUGGUAGCACUAGGCAGUUACAAUAAGUUCAACAAUAACGUUUACAAAGACGCUCUCAUCGUAUGCGGAGUCAACACUUGCACCAGCCUACUGAGCGGCGUCGUCAUCUUCUCCGUGGUCGGUUUCAUGGCACACGAGCAACAGAAGCCGGUAGCCGACGUAGCUGCUUCUGGACCCGGCCUGGCCUUCUUAGUUUAUCCCUCAGCGGUGUUGCAGUUGCCCGGAGCUUCGAUUUGGUCCUGUCUCUUCUUCUUCAUGCUUCUUCUCAUAGGCUUGGACAGUCAGUUCUGCACGAUGGAAGGCUUCGUCACUGCUGCCGUGGACGAGUGGCCGCGACUGCUCCGCAAGCGGAAGGAACUUUUCAUCGCAAUUGUAUGCUUCAUCUCUUACCUGAUCGGGCUGCUGUGUGUCACGGAGGGCGGGAUGUACGUGUUUCAAUUGUUGGAUACAUACGCCGUCAGCGGGUUCUGCCUGCUCUUCUUGAUGUUCUUCGAGUGCAUUUCCGUGUCGUGGGCGUUCGGUGUGAACCGGUUUUACGACGGCAUACGAGACAUGAUAGGCUACUACCCAUGCUUCUGGUGGAAGAUCUGUUGGACGAUCACCACACCCGCCAUCUGCGUGGGCGUCUUUAUCUUCAACAUCAUCAAGUUCGUCCCCGUGAAAUACCUCUCUUAUGAAUUUCCGUGGUGGAGUCACUUAUUGGGUUGGAUCGCGGGUCUCUCCUCGAUGAUGUGCAUUCCAGGCUACAUGAUUUACAUCUGGUACGUUACACCGGGAACUACCUCAGAGAAAUACCGGAAGUUGAUCAAGAUAGACGACGACGUAGCCGCACUGCGGAAGAAACUCAAUCCAUCCAAAGCUGCUGCCAUCAACGCCGAGUUCGAACUAUAGACUCGCAUACGCCUUACUUACGGUCGCGUAUGCGAGGAUGCGGGUCGCGCGAUUGACGAAUUCACGACGGAGGGCUCCGCAGAGCGCCCGUGAGAAACGUGAGAACGUGGGGAUCAGGGCGCAAUUGGGGGAUGCAAAUGCGGAUUGGAAGUAAAUCAGGUUUCG